AUGGCGGGAAGCAGACAGAGAGAAGCUACCAACCAGAAUAAGAUUCUGCUCCAGACACUGUGGGUAGCUGAAGUCCCAGUCAGUACCAAGCCUAAUCAUGUGACCUCGUCUCAGAAUUCAACAUGCAGAACGUGGAGCCCAGCAUGCAAUUCAGCAAAGGAUCACACCAACAAGUAUGCAAAAGACAACAAAAACCUCAACAUCUUCCUGCAUCCAUCCUUUCCAAGUGUGACCUCCACCUGCCAGACCCUGACCGUAGCCUGCAAGAAUGGCCACAAGAACUCCCACCAAAGUGGAGAGCAUAUGUCCCUGACCUCUCCUCAGGCAUGUUUUCACCCUACAGUGAGCAUCCUAAUGCAUCUUACACAACAGCCUGCAACUCUCCUCAAAAAGAUGCUCUGGGAAUCCCCACUGGUUCCUAUGCACUUGGACCAAGUUGUUUUUUUUUUUUUUUUAGUUUUCCAGACUUCUUACUUUUUGGCCAAGUCCUGA